AAACAACAGAAGAAGAAAUGCGGAAGUUACUGGGAUGUAAACAAACCCGGUCGUCUCUGUAGAGAUAAAACUAAUGAAAUCAUCCGACUGAAGCGUUAAACAGUAUUGUGUUGUAAAAUAACUAAUCGGUGUCCUACGUAGACCCAUGUUUAGAGGCUAUAAAACGCGUACGUGUCCGUGUCAAACGUACAGGCCGCCGCGUUGCUUUUGUGCCAAACUGUCUACAUUUUAACAUAGUCACGGGUGUCGGUGGUCCUCCGCCUGCUGACACCAUGCCUUAUCUGGGAGGCGAGGAGACGGUGAGGGACCUUAGGAGAGCCCUGUCCAACCCAAACGUCCAGUCCGACCAGCUGCGUUACAGGAACACCAUCUUCAAAGUCAUCAGGACGAUGUCUCAGGGUGUGGAUGUGUCCGGCCUGUUCAGCGAGAUGGUAAAAGCGUGCGCCACAGUAGACGUAGUCCAGAAGAAGCUGGUCUACGUCUUCCUGUGUUCCUACGCCACCUUGAACCCUGAGCUGUCCCUGCUGGUCAUCAACACCCUGAGGAAAGACUGCCAGGAUCCCAACCCCAUGGUCCGCAGCCUGGCCUUGAGGAACAUGACCAACCUCAGGUUACCCAGCCUCGCGGAGUAUGUGGAGCAGCCUCUGACAGCGGGACUGAGAGACCGAGCAGCCUGCGUCCGACGAGUGGCUGUACUUGGCUGGGCCAAACUGCACAAUCUCGUAUCCAGCUCUGAGAUAGAUGCUGCGGUGGUGAACGAGCUGUACAGCCUGCUGAGAGACCCGGACCCCGUGGUGAUGGUGAACUGCCUCCGAGCUCUGGAGGAGAUUCUGAAGGAGGAGGGGGGAGUCGCUAUCAACAAACCCAUCACCCAUCACCUCCUCAACAGGCUGAAGGAGUGUGACAUCUGGGGUCAGUGUGAGGUGCUGAGGGUCCUCCAGCGCUACCGCCCCCAGUCAGAAGACGAGCUCUUCGACAUCCUGUCCCUUCUGGACGCCUCCUUGAUCAGCGCUCACCCACCGGUCAUGGCCGCCACCCUCAGUCUCUUCCUGAGCCUCUGCUCCGGCCUCCCCGCGGUCAGCCUGGCGGCCCUGGAGCGGGUGCGGGGACCCCUGCUGGCGGCCUGUGGGAACAGCUCCAGAGAGAUGAGGUUUGCCGCCCUCUGCCAUAUACAGCUGCUGUUGCGUUCCGUCCCCGGCAUGAUGGGUGCACACUACAAGCGUUUCUUCUGUGGCUAUGCUGAGCCGGCCUACAUCAAGCAAAGAAAGAUGCAGGUUCUGGUGGAGCUGGUGAAUGAUGAGAACGUGGCGAUGUUACUGGAUGAACUGAAAGGAUACUGCACCGAUGUCAAUGCUGACACCGCACAGGCUGCAAUUUCAGCCAUCGGUCGUAUUGGACGCAGCUACAGUGACAGAUGUCUAGAGAUCCUCACUGGGCUGCUUGGACUCAAACAGGAUCACAUCACUUCUGCGGUGGUGCAGACAAUGCGUGACCUGGUGUGGGUGUGUCCUCAGUGUAGCGACACGGUGUGCGUCGCUCUCGAGGGCUGUGAGGAGACGCUGCAGGAUGCCGAGGGCAGGCAGGCCUUGCUGUGGUUGCUGGGUGUGUAUGGCGACCGAGUGUCCAGCGCCCCCUACACUUUGGAGGUGUUCAUUGACGGGGUGAGGAGCGAGGCUUCUCUGGGAGUCAAGAUGGAGCUGCUGACGGCCGCUACGAGGCUGUUUCUGUGCCGGCCCGCUGAGAUGCAGGACAUGCUUGGAAGACUGCUGCACUACUGCAUAGAAGAGGAGACGGACAUGAGCGUGCGUGACCAGGCCCUGCUUUACUACCGCCUCUUGCACUGUGGGAUAGAAAAGACGCGCAGGAUCCUCCUGGGUCGGAGGUCAGACCCUUCCCUGGGUGUGUUGAUCGGCCGCCCUGCGGAGCCCAUCAGCCAGUGGGCCUCCAGCUUUAACACUCUGGAGCCCCUGAAGCAGAGCAACGUGGAGGCAGAGUCGACCAGCCGGGGAAGCCCUGAACACGUGGCCUUUGACCCCAAGACAAACACCGACCUCUCAGACACACUGAAUUGCAGCCGAGUCGAGGCGGCGCAUUCAGGCUCAGACAGUAGAGCCGCUCAGCGUUUAGGCUCCUCUUCUGAUGGCCUGGCUUCCAGCACUGCAGCCUCCUCCCUAAGUUUGUCCCUGUCCCCGGCACUCAGCCCAGAGGAGUUUGAGCGCCUGUGGCUGCAGCGACAGGACUCGCAUGAUGAACGAGGUACUGGGAACACAGAGGAAGAAGAAGACUCCGUGUGGACGGAAGAACAUGUUCCAUGUCCAGCUGUACCGCACUGUUCCCCACAAAGCCUCCAGGCAGCUCUGCAGCUGGUCAACAUCCAGACACUGGCCUUCACCGCCCUCAACACACUCCCCUGGAGGGUUUACUUGUACACACACACCCAUCACACACAACCGCCUGACACGCCUCACAGCACACUCAUAUUAGGAGAGCUGCUGUACACAGGAGAAGCAAAUCAGGAGGCUGGAGUAAACAAAUGCAUGAUUUCACAUGAACAGGAACAGGUGGAGAAGCAAAUGGAAGCAACAGCUGACGUGCAGGACAGGGGAGAAAAUGAAGAAGAAAACCGGGUAAAGAUUACUCUUAAGCAGCAGCCAAGGGAUGACAAAGCUCUCAGCGGGUUUGUGUCAAUCCUUACUACUGUCCUGCACACGCUGUCCUCUGAGAGAGGUUAAAUAUACACGGACAUACAUGCACUGUAUUUGCUCCACGAUACAAUAACUGGCCAAACCUGUGCUUCAAACAUAACUGAAUAAAAGAAACAGGAAAUACC